AUGAGGCGGAAUUAGAUUGGGUACAGAUAGGCCGAAAAGGAAGAUAUUUUUGCCUGUUUCUGUUUGUGAAUUGCGAGGGACGGGCGGCGGCUCCAAACAUCUGGAUCGUCGGCUCUCCUAGCCUCAGCCGAGCAAGUGUAGUGUACUGCAGUGUAGCGUAGCUUGCUCGCCGCCGCCAUGGCCAUGGGGCUCCCCGGCCUCCGCUGCUGCGGCGGCGGCCUCGACGUCCCGCGGCCUCUUCUCGGCCCCGCCCGCGCCCGCGCCUCCCCGCGCGCCUCCGCGCUCCGGUACUCCUCCCUCCAAGCCGGGGAGAGCCUCGGGGAGGAGGUGCUGCGCAUGUUCCUCGCGGAGAGGCAGGCGCACGGCGACUUCGUCACGAAGAUCUCCGACAUGGUCUGGAGGAGAAGCGGCACCGCCCUUGGUGUCGUCGAGGCUGCCACGGAGCAAGAAAACUCAGCAGAUGUUGCUCAGCGGCCUGAAGACGAUGUCGCGGGCGGGGGAAUGCUGAGGCUUGCGGCGACGAGAGAUUGGGUGUCCGGUGAGAGCAGCCUUCCUGUCAGCAAGAGGCUUUCUGCUAAGGAUAGGCAGAAUGAGAGUGAGAGAAGGAAGGAGCUCAACCUUCUAAGAUAUGAAGCACUUAAGGAUGAGCUAUUGCUCCUGACCGCAGGAGUUGGAGCUGCAUGCAGUUUAUACUGUCUCCUAGUCUUCUCUCUGGAGGCUGCUAUCAGUUAUGCUUUUGGAGUUGCUUUCAGUUGCUUGUAUCUUCAACUUUUGUAUCGUCACACAGAUAACUUGUCAAAGAAAGAUGUUCCAGAAAUUUUUCUGAAGAAGAAGGUGAAAAGAAUCGGCAUAAGAAGCGAGGAUUUGAAGAAUACGGUAGAGAAGACGUUGGGCGGUAUUACAGUAGCUCUUUCGUCUCCAAGGCUUGUAAUACCUGCUAUAAUUUUUGGAUUAUCGACCUUCUCAGAUCACUUUCAAAAUAGCAUUUUAAAUUUUGAGCUUGUUCCAGGGAUGAUGGGUUUCUUUGCAUACAAGGCUGCAGCUUUGGUACAAGUUUACAGGGACAAUGAGGACCUAAGAUUGAUACUCCCAGAAGAGGAUGCUGACAGCAGUUGAUGUACCAGCGUUGAGGCCUAUGUUAAUCUAGUUGCUUUAUAAAUCAAGACAGUACUGAUGUAUAGAUGUUUCGGCUUUUGAUUGAAUAAAGUUUCUGUGAUAUUUUUCAACAACAAAAGAAACUAUCCUGAAUUUUGUUUGUCUGCUUUGUCUCAUUCUAACGGUGUUAAAAGGAGUUGGAGUAUGAUUU